GAAAAAGGAUUUGGUCCAAGAGGACAAAGGCAGUCCACCUUUCUAGAUGACAUGGUCUAUUAUAACUUAGCCCUCAGUGUUGCUUUGAUGUUUGACUCAGAUGCUCAGACUACACUGACAAGAGAGAAAAUGGAUUUUGCAGCUCACAACCAAUACACAUAUCCCAACCAAGUUGAGAGAGAAGCUAUGAUAUUAUCUUCAUAUGGUGGAAUACUAAUUAACAGCAUUCCUAUAGAAAAGAUCUCUGAGAUUUACAGCAUGAGACCCACAGCAACACACUGGCAGAGCUCUGCAAAAGACCACUGGAUUCAACCUUUCAAGAUCUCCCUGCAUCUGUCUGCCAUGCUGAGUGCCCCUGAAGCUGCAGAACAUGCCCGGAAGCAAAGCAUCAAGUACCAGACACCAACAGCACAUCAAAAGCAAGGCACUCAUUCAGCAAGGAGAGCUAAAAAGGACUGCAAGCAACUGGACACUGUGACCAGAGGAAAGCAACACGGUGACAAACUAGCUACAGAAGCAAAACAAGGAAUCUCUCCAAGGAAGCCUGGAACAAACUCAAAAGUGAGGAAAGCGAAUGAAGCAAAGACACAACAAAGACCUAGACUUCGUGUACUUCACUUAGUUAAUGCAAGUACCUACCCUUUUGGUACUCCCUCUCCUGUUGGUUGGUUGGCAUCUGAUUGUCUGCACACAAAAAUCAAGCCCAGCACAUCAUAUGGUUUGCUGCUCACAUGUUCAGACAGCCAGAACUAG